AGUUCCAACGCAGUGCUUGAUAAACGUAGCGAUUUUUAAUUUAAAAGCAAACGUGUGUGACUUCCGGGGACACCGCGGUUCCUGUAUUUAACUUGACGCCUCUACAACGUACACAGUAAAGCGUGGAUGCAGCUCCUCCCCCCGACCUGAAUGAAGACAAGCUAGUCAGACCCCAGCUACCGCUAACUAAACUGCGGAACUACAGCGGCGAAACAGCCCGUCGCAGGUCAUUUGAAGUUGAGGUACGGCGUUAACUCGAAGGCCUCCCACAGCGAUCGAGUGGCUCAUCGAGCGCAGCUAAUGCAGCUAACCAGAAGAGUCAGAAGUUUCCAGAUAAGUUAAUAUUAGCCAGUUGCGUCGUUUGACAGCUAACGCUAACUAGCUAGUCUCAUUGGUAUUCGACGUCAGUUUCAAAACAAAGCCCGCAAAACUGAGAAGUUGAGACUCAGCUGUCAUCUCCAGACUAGCUUGCUACGAGAGAAGCUAGCUAGAUUUAAGUCUGCCAGCCGACGGAAGAUAAACUACGCCACACAGCUGAUGUGUAAAACACUCAGUUAUUGCCCAAUUAACGUUGUUUUGCUGACGUUAACACUAAGUUGAAGAAGCUGUCAGCAGGUUUGACUGUGACGCGCUUGAACGCAUCUAAUCCAGCAGCUAGCGUUAAGCUACGCGGGUCCGUCGACACAAUCAGGUUCACUUUUCACCUGAAGCUUGGAUUUAAAUGUCCGAAAAGAGUUCAUCGUCCGGGUCGGAUGAAGAUGUGGACCCGGAAUCCGGGCAGCCCGUGGAGCUCGGAGGCAUUUUAAGCAAGUGGACGAACUACAUACAUGGGUGGCAGGACCGAUGGGUCGUGUUGAAAAACAAUACGUUGAGCUAUUACAAGUCGGAGGAUGAGCGGGAGUACGGCUGCCGGGGGUCUCUGUGCCUCAGCAAGGCUGUCAUCACACCUCAUGAGUUUGACGAGUGUCGUUUUGACAUCAGCGUGAACGACAGUGUUUGGUACCUCAGAGCUGAAGACCCAGAGCACAGACUCCAGUGGAUUGAGUCAAUAGAGCUGCACAAGGCUGAGUCUGGUUAUGGUUCAGAAACCAGCCUCAGGCGUCAUGGUUCAAUGUUGUCACUCACCUCUGCAGCCAGUGCCUUGUCCGCCGCAUCCACAUCCUCUUUUAAGAAGGGGCACAGGUUGCGUGAGAAGCUAGCAGAAAUGGAAACCUUCAGGGACAUUCUGUGCCGGCAAGUGGACACCCUGCAGAAAUACUUUGACUCCUGUGCCGAUGUCUCCAAAGAUGAGUUUCAGAGAGACAGAGUAGUAGAGGAGGACGAAGAUGACUUUCCUGCCACUACAAAACCAGAUGGUGAAUAUAAUCACAACAACAAUGGCAGCAAAGAGAAAUUGUUUUCCCCUGCCAGUCCCAAGGGUAUGAACGGGAUAGAUUUCAAGGGUGAGGCCAUCACCUUCAAGGCCACCACAGCAGGCAUCCUCUCCACCUUGUCCCACUGCAUCGAACUCAUGAUGAAAAGAGAGGACAGCUGGCAGAAGAGACUGGACAAGGAGCUAGAGAAGCGAAGGAGGGUAGAGGAUGCUUACAAGUCUGCUGUGAAUGAAUUGAAGAAAAAGUCACACUACGGAGGCCCAGACUACGAGGAGGGGCCCAACAGUCUGAUCAAUGAGGACGAGUUCUUUGAUGCGGUGGAAGCUGCACUGGACAGACAGGACAAGAUAGAAGAACAGUGCCAGUCAGAGAAGGUCAGGAUACCUCGACUAACCCCCGUUCCUCCUGGAGACGUCUACUCAACCAUCGGUACACAUCGAUUUGCCACCAAGCCCCAUAGCCAUUCUUCUUCCCUCUCCUCGGUUGAGCUAUUCAGUGCUUCAGAUGACAUUCACAGAUUCAGCGCUCAGGUGGAGGAGAUGGUGCAGAAUCAUAUGACGUACUCUCUUCAGGAUGUGGGUGGAGAUGCCAACUGGCAGCUGGUUAUAGAAGAAGGAGAGAUGAAGGUGUACAGGAGAGAAGUAGAGGAGAACGGUAUUGUGCUGGAUCCUCUCAAAGCUACACAUUCUGUGAAGGGGGUGACAGGACACGAGGUCUGCCACUACUUCUGGGACACAGCUGUCCGAUUGGACUGGGAGACCACAAUUGAAAACUUCAACCUGGUGGAAACACUCUCUGAUAAUGCUGUCAUUGUUUACCAGACACACAAGAGAGUGUGGCCUGCCUCUCAGAGAGAUGUGCUCUAUCUGUCAGCCAUCAGAAAGAUCUUGGCAACAAAUGAAAACGAUCCAGACACAUGGCUAGUCUGCAACUUCUCUGUAGACCACGACAAUGCCCCUCCCACAAACCGGUGUGUUCGUGCUAAAAUCAAUGUCGCCAUGAUCUGUCAAACACUUGUCAGCCCACCAGAGGGUGAUAAAGAGAUCAGUAGAGACAACAUCCUUUGUAAGAUCACCUACGUUGCCAAUGUAAACCCAGGAGGCUGGGCUCCAGCCUCGGUCCUCAGAGCCGUGGCCAAGAGAGAGUAUCCCAAGUUCCUCAAACGCUUCACCUCCUACGUCCAGGAUAAAACUUCCGGGAAGUCCAUCCUCUUCUGAACACAAGGAGACUUGCUGAAAGCAGAGGGUUCCAACUUGGGAGGCUUGAUUGUUCGACAGUGAACAGGCUCUCGAAGACUACAUGACCCAUUUACCUGUCAGUUAGAAUGUGAUUUCAAACUUACUACAUGCAGGACACCAUAUCAUCCGGGACAUCCCACAGGAUACCUGCUUGUAGAGAAGACUGGUUUUAUGGCUUUAAUCCAUCAGUAGUUGUCAUCCCAGCCACAUUGUUAUGGCUUAACACCAUCUGUUGGUCAUGGGUACAUUUGUAUGUAAAUUCAAGUUUCCUAAGCAGUUUUUGAAUUGUUACCAGUCAUUUGCUUUUUUUUUUGUAAAUUGUUUUGUACAUUUCUUAUGAUUACAUGAUUCUUGACUUUAUUGGGUUUGCUUUAAUCACUAGUAUUACAGCUACUUGUUUUGCUGCUGCUAAAGUAACUACCAUGAGAGAGGAAAGUAGAUAUUGACAGGAAAAGCAUUGAUGAGGUGUAGUACAGUAUCUCCUUUUUCUUGCCUUCUCCUGUCCCUCUAGUGAUGACUCUUUUUGCAGUUUGAUGGGGGGUCAGAGCCUAAAGCUUUGAAAUAUUAUAUUUCUAGAUUGUUAUAAAGUAGCUUUGAGACAGCACCAUGGACACAAUGUAUUGUACAGAGAAAACGGAAUAUGUUUUCAGUUAGUUUACCAAUGUGAGAAAUGUGAAUUGACUGUUAAGCGCUUGAAUUUGAUAACAGAAUGGGCCAAGGAAACCUGAAGUUCGACUUUAAGAGCAUUUUCUAAGUAAUUAAAUCAUGUUGGACAAUAUUUUUGACACAGCUGAACUGAUAAUCAAUUAAGAUACCUAUGAUGUAGGUGACAGCGGUCUAAAGAUGCUAAGUUGCCGGCUAUUUCCUUUCUGUAUCUGUCAUUAACCUCCGUGUAACAUAUGGUUUCUGACAGAUGUUCGCAAAAAUAGCCAGCCAGAGUGUCUGAUAUAAAAAAAAAUCCUCUCUUUCAUUGAGAGAUGAGUGGAUACAUUUUUUUUAUAGCCCAAGUUGUUUUGCAUCAUUUUCAACCCCUGAUGAGGCAGCGAAAAAAUGUCCGUCUGUCCUCUCAGAGCGUCAGAUUUGUAAAUUGUUCCUGCUGCUAUGGUACAGGAUAAAGUAAAGUUGUAAAAUGCUAAGAUAUCUACACCACACACUCACAGUUAUACUCUAAUACUACAUUUCACAUGCCACACUACAGUGCAGUGGCCUCCUGCCCUUGACUGAUAAACUACCCCCAGAAUGCCUUAGACACCAGGAUGAACCCUACAAGUUCUGGUUAUCUCUACUGUACAGCCACCAGAUGUGCAUUUAUCACCACUGAAAUGAAGUGGGGGCAAGAAAGGGUCAGCAUUUCACAUCAUCUUACCUCAAGAUUUUGAUUUACUAUAGAUUGUGUUAAAUGCCAUCAAAAAAUUUGGGGGAGUUUUUGCAAUCAGUUGAUCAGAUAUUUGGUCUAAGGGGUCGAAGGUUCGAAAGGAUCUGUGUAAUUUUCUCUCUGAUGAAUACAAGAGCUAGAUCUAAGAGCAAUGUCAGCUGAAGAAUGCAUUUAGUGUUUUUAAUUUUGAUAUUUUGUCAGUAAUCUACACUUUGUAUAUUUCUAAGUUGUACAUCGGAAGUGUUAUUAUUUGCACUAAAUGUAAUGCAAUUUGACAAUUUUCUGUAAAUUAAAAUUGUUACACAACA